AUGCUCCGACCCUCCCUGGGCUGUGAUUUGCGAGUGGAAGUGGAUGGACACUGGGAAUGGGGAAGGGGAGGGCGAGGGGGAGGGGGUGGUUCCCGGGAAAGACUCCUGUCUCAUCGUCCUGCAGGUGACCCUCAGCCAGAGUGGACGGGGCCGGAGUGGACGGGGCCGGAGUGGACGGGGCCGGAGUGGACGGGGCCGGAGUGGACGGGGCCGGAGUGGACGGGGCCGGAGUGGACGGGGCCGGAGUCUGGGCUCUCGCUGAUGGAAGCUCUGGGAGGUUUGAGUGAUGAGGAACUGGCUGUUCAGCUGGAGGAGCAUCGGAUUGAACAUGGUCCCAUUGUAGGUUCCACUCGCCGUCUGUAUGAGAAAAAACUACAUCAGGCUCUCCGCCAGGGUCACAGCUCACAGCUCACAGGUCACAGGUCACCAGUUGGGAUCACCGAAUCGUCCAGCGGCGAGGAGGAAGAGUGUGAGGAUGUCCGUUACUCUGGAACAGUUUCCUCCAGUGGUUCAGUUCCUGUCCAUUCUGCGGUGAGACCCUGGGAUCGGGAGGUUGAGCAGCGAAGGAGGAAGAUCCAGUACCAGGAGGUCCAGCGCGGGCCCCCCCAGAGCAGGGAGCCCAGCAGCCGUCAGGUCCCGCUCUGGGCACAGCUCCUCCUCUUCACGCUGUGGGUGGGUCUGCUGUUCGCCCUGUACCAGUGGAUGCAGCGGGAGCAGAAAUCCCCCAGGGCGAUCGGCAGAGAUUCCACAUGAAGCAGCUUCUGUUCCACAGGUUCUACACCCACCGCCCCCCACCCAAACCCCCCCUUUUCUCAUCCAGCUUCAGCGUCACAGAGAGCGAGGGUGGGGGGGAAUCUAAACCAGCACAGGAACUCCCAUUGCACAAGCCCUCUCCCCUCCCCUCCAGCUUGGGGUGUCUCAUCGCUCCUGAGGCGAUCACACGCUUUGUUCGACACCCGGAGCCGCUGGCUGGAGAAGCGGUGGCCCAUUUAGGCACAGAAAGAUCCCACAAACAGCAACUUCGUCGAUGCUCCAGCUCCGAGAGGAUUUUUGACUCAGCGAGUCGUCGCGAUCUGGAAGGCGCUGCCUGAAAAG